AUGGAAGAAGAUGUCGAAGACGCAGCUCGAAUUGUCAGGAAAUAUUGCCCUGGAAUUGAUAAGAAGCAGUUCAGACAACUGAAAGAUACAUUGCGAAGAUCGCUGAGUCAAAUACAGGGCUAUCGGGAAUUGUGUGAUAUUGUUGAAAGUAUGCGCAAAGAAAAAUAUGAUCCUGAAAAUGAACAACACGAGAAACGAUUACUAAAACUGUGGGAUCUUCUGAUGCCCGAUGAGGAUUUGGAAGGGCGAAAAUCAGAGCAGUGGCAAAAAAUUGGAUUUCAGGGUGCUGAUCCGUCGACUGAUUUCCGCGGUAUGGGUAUUUUAUCCCUUGAGCAGCUAAUUUUCCUUGCCCAAUACGAUGUUGCCUAUGCACAGUCAAUCCUUUCGCUCUCACAACAUCCUUCCUACGGCUUCCCGAUGGCAGUCACGGGAAUCAACUUAACAGCCCUGACGCGAAGAUUGCUACAAGAACAUGUACUGAAGAUGCAUUUUUAUAAUACUGUACGCGAUGCGCCAACAAUCGACAGUUUUCAUCAUCUAUUUUGUGCAUUUUGGAUGCAGAGGAAGCCGGAUCUGGUUCGAUUCAAUGAAAUUACAAGCGAUUUCGAAGCCAAACUGAUCGAGCACUUGCACUCCGAAAAUGCCAAUUUAGAUGAAUUGAGUAUCAGUUCUUCCAAGUGA